AUGGAGAGCGAGAAGUACUUGCCGGAGCUUAUGGCAGAGAAGGACACGCUGGAUCGGUCUUUUCAGCACUCCCUGCGGCUACUGGAUCAAGAGAUCGAAAAAGUUCAGAAAGACGAGGACAAGGAUGACGAAAAGUUCAUCGACGUCGUCAUCAACAAGAACAUGAAACUGGGCCAGAAAAUUUUAAUACCAGUCAAGCAGUUUCCUAAAUUUAACUUUGUCGGCAAACUCCUCGGGCCACGCGGGAACUCGUUAAAGAGACUACAGGAGGACACACUCACAAAGAUGUCGAUUCUGGGGAAAGGAUCCAUGAGAGAGAAAGAAAAGGAAGAAGAGCUACGGCAAAGCAACGAAGGCAAAUAUAACCAUCUGAACGAAGACCUGCACGUCCUCAUCGAGGUGUUCGCCCCCCCCGCCGAGGCCUACGCCAGGAUGGGUCACGCUCUGGAGGAGAUCAAGAAGUUUCUUAUACCGGAUUACAAUGAUGAGAUAAGACAGGCCCAGCUGCAGGAGCUCACGUUCCUGAACGGAGGCUCGGAGGACGCCAAGGUGCCGUCGGUGAGGGGGAAGUCAGCGUUGCGAGCCAGAGGGACGCCUGUUCCAGGUCUUCCCAGGACUCGAGGAGGAGUCCCCCCCCUGCAUGCAGCGGUGCCUCGAGGAGCCGCCCCCAGAGGAGCCGCCCCCAGAGGAGUCCCCCCCAGCCGGGCUCCUUCCUCCAGAGGGCGGGCGGUCCAGAGAGCCAGGGGCGCCCCCCCGACCGCAGGGUACCGGCCUGCCCCCCCCCUCGUUCAGGACACAUACGGAGAAUAUGAAUAUGACGACGGCUACGGGACAGCUUACGAUGACCAAGGAUAUGAAUCGUACGACAACAACUACAGCACUCAAGGACAGAACUCAGAUGACUACUAUGAUUACGACGCCAGUGGGGAAUCGUAUGAAUCUUAUGGUCAGGAAGAGUGGGCCAACAACCGCAGCAAGGCACCGCCGGCACGAACAACCAAGGGAGUGUACAGAGAUCAGCCGUACACCAGAUAUUGAACUGUUUAUACAUCCUGCACCUGAGUCCUCAUGGCUGUUUCAACCCAAGUAAUGGAUUUUUUAUGGACGCUCCCACCUUUAUAGAAUCGAAAACUAAACCGCAAAAUAAACCGUGAGACCCUGAAUGAGUAAAAACUGGUUUCCAAAUAUGGCAUCUCCCUGUUUAAAAGAAAGUAUACCCCCACUGGGUACAAUUUAUUAAGCAAUUUAGGUAAUCUAUGCUCUCCUCCGGGAGAAAUCGACUAGACUUUGAGAUUAAGACUCCAUAGUACAUUAAGUUUCUCUCUCAGCUGUGUGAUUGUGAAGUACGAAGUUGUACCGAGCUAUUUGACUUAAAUCACUAGAAGCUGUCGAUACAAUGACUCUACACAGCUGUCAGUGCAACUUAAUUGAUCACCCACUAUUCUUCAAACCUUGAACUGCGUGGUUGAUCACUUUAAAAUGUAGUAGCUUAGUUCUAGGAAAAGUGAAGUAACUGUAGAUAUCUUUUUCUGAGGGGUAAUUGGUGAAAUUGUGUCCCUUGUAAAUGAAACAUUUACAAACUGAAGAAGAAAAAAAUCAUACUGUACACAUAUUGUUUUGUUGUUUCCUCCUUUUUGUAAGAUAAUAGUUAUUUAGUGUUAAAGGGCUUAUAAAAGCAUGGUGUGCAACUGUGGAUAUUGUCAGCUGUUUUAUUCUGAAAAAGCCUAUGUAGUUGUGUUCAUGAUUAUUAUCCCAAAACAUCCACUUUAACACGUCUAUAAAUAGCUGCUCAUACCGAUAUGUACACCGACCACUCGAGCUGCAAACAGCUUUUUAUUUUACAGAUUUUUUUCACAAGUAUAUUUGCUGUCAUUUUUUUAUUUAAUACCAGAUGCUUUUAUGACUUUGUAGGCGUCCAAUUUAAUUUUAAGAGACUAAAUCACAUGCUGGGGAAUUGGUAAUCAUUUCCAUAUAGAGAUAUGUUUAUUUAUAAUGAUUUUAAGCUUAUGUAAGCCCUUUAAUAUUUUC